AUGAGCGUGGGCCGAUUCGUGCAUCCAUCCAUCCAUCCAUCCACCUCAGGCGCCAAGCUGCCCAGCUGUCCAGCUGCUGUUCCGACCGCAGCUCAGUCACACGGACUCUGCUCUUCAGCUCUGGGGGAAAUACAGUACAGCGCUCAAUGCCCGCCUAUCUGCUUCCAAAUCUCCCUCCCUGGGGAGUGUGUCGCGCUCUAUCGGACCUGCCCUCGUCCUUCCCCACAAGAUUGCCUUUCCAGUAGCUCUGAACUGCGUCUUGUUCCUGAGCCCUCGUGGCAGAGUGUUGGUCCCGAGCCCGCCCUUUGUCUUGCAACGAAAGCUGCAACGGCUGCAGGGCGAGCACGCAAGAGGAGGGAAGUGGGGGACAAGCGAGUCUAG